UGGGCGGGGCCAAACUGGAUCCCAGAAACGCUUCCCGACCGUGCCCAGCGCUCUGGCCCACCCCUUCCCUCCGCCCCCGCCGUUACCCCCCGGAGACGCCCCCUCGCCGCACGCAGACGGGAAAGGGGGGGGCCGUCCCACCCAAGCGAAGCCAGGGGGCUUGGCCGCCUCAGCUGCCCCCGCGCAAGGGGGCCGAUUAGGUGGGAAUCGUGAGAUGUUUGUGCUGGAAGCGGGCCCCCCGCGAGCGGUGAGAGAGCGAAAGGCCCGGGGAGACCUCGGCGUAGGUCUCUCUGCUUGUGCGGCGCGCGCGCGCACGUAACGAGCGGAAAAUGUGUGAAGCAUCCAAAGAUCCUAAUUGCUGGAAAGUUUGUUGACUGCUAUUCCCUGAAAGUCCUGAAACUUAAACAUCAAUCUGGCAUGGCACAGGGAAACCAGAAGUUAGAUAUGCAGGUACUCCUUGACCUCCGGCAACGUUUUCCUGAGAUUCCUGAAAGUGUGGUGUCUCAAUGCAUGCGCCAGAAUAACAACAAUCUUGAUGCUUGUUGUCGAAUUCUUGCACAAGAGAGCAACAAAUACCUAUAUAUGGAGUAUCACAGCCCAGAUGACACCCGAGUAAACAGGAAUCGUCUUCUGCAUAUUAACCUUGGCAUCCAUCCUCAUACUAACUAUGGAGGGGAUGGACCUCAACUUAAUGGUGGUCGUACACUGGUACAUAGUUCAAGUGAUGGACAUAUUGAUCCACAGUGCACCCCAGGAAAGCAGCUGAUCUGUUUAGUUCAAGAACCACAUUCUGCUCCUGCUGUUGUAGCAGCUUCUCCAAACUAUAAUCCUUUUUUUAUGAAUGAUCAGAAUAGAAAUGCAGCUACUCCUCCUCCACAGACACCUCAGCAGUCUUCUCCUAUGCAGCCUGGAAUGAAUACAUCUACUAUGCAAAGCCCUCCUCCUCCAUAUAUGCAUAUACCUCGGUACAGCACAAAUCCUAUAACUGUUACAGUUUCACAAAAUCUCCCUUCUGGGCAGCCUUUACCCAGAGCUUUACAAAUUCUUCCUCAAAUUCAAAGUACUCCUUAUGGAAGUCCUGGAUCACUCUAUAUUAGGCAGACAACUUCAGGACGACAGACUCCUACUCAAAGUACACAGUGGCAUUCGUCACCACCAGGUCCAGGUCCACAUUAUAAUCCACAUCCAUUACCUGUCUAUCCACACCAACAGAGCUAUCAACCUUCUCAGUAUUCUCCCAAGCAGCCCCAAAUUCCUCAGUCUCCUUUUCAAUCACCACCUGCUUCCCAGUGUCCUUCUCCUUUUGGAUCACCUCAGCAUCAAGUUCAGCCCAGCCAAUUAGGACAUCAAAGUUCCCAUGUAUUUAUGCCUCCUAGUCCUUCAACUGUGUUACCCCAUCCAUAUCAACAAACACCACAGACAUAUCAAAAACCAAGUGGACACUCAGUAUCUUAUCUCCCAUAUGGUGGAUCUACUUUAACUAAAGGCUCCAUGAACAAGAUAGAAAUUACUGUUGAACCACCACAAAGACCUGGGACUACACUUAAUAGGAGCCCUUCUCCUAUAAGUAAUCAGCCAUCCCAACGGAAUCAGCACCCACUAUAUACACCUGCAACUCCUUCAAGUUCCCCUUCCAAAAGUAUAGCAGGUCAACCUAAACCUCCUUAUAGUGUUAAUCCUGUAUAUAUAACAUAUACACAACCAGUUAGACCUUCAGGUGUUCUUACACAGUCCCCUCGUGUAAUGGUAUCUCAGCCAAAUCCAGCAGUUUUUAAAAUCACAGUAGGUCGAGUUCCUGCUGAGAAUCUUCUAAAUUUAGUGGACCAAGAAGAACAUUCUGCAGCACCAGAACCUAUUCAACCCAUUUCAGUUGUACCAGGAUCUGGAGGUGAAAGAGGAAGACAUAAGUACCAGAGAAGUUCCAGCUCUGGAUCAGAUGACUAUGCUUAUACUCAAGCUUUGCUGUUACAUCAACGUGCAAGGAUGGAGAGGUUAGCAAAGGAGCUGAACUUUGAGAAUGAGGAACUUGAGAAACUUAAAGCUGACGUAAAUAAUAUGGAACAUGAUCUUAUGCAAAGGCGUCUGAGAAGAGUGAGCUGUACAACCUCAAUCCCAACAGCUUAUAAUGCAGUGUCUACACCGGAAUCUAAAAGAGCUAGAAUUUUCUCCCGUGCACCAGAAGAGGGCACUCUAAGCUCAACUGGGAUAGUCAUGGGCCUGAAUGGGAACUUACCCAGUGUUCCGCAUCAUCAGAAUCACUUUCUUCCGAAGAGCUGUGGGUUUCGUCUCCUCAUUCUACAGAGUUGAACCGCUGGGAAGGAUCCUCCCCUUUUAAGGCCGGUUCUUUCUUCCUGCUGGGAGGUUUCUCCAGUCUCUUCUCUUCCCAAGGGGGUGGGAUAUUUUGGCUCAUCUUGACCGGCAAUUCAUGGCACAAUGCCCCUCCUUCCCACAGCAGAAGCACACCGGAGGUUUGGGUUUGCUUGCAAAUCCACCCUUCUCCCCUUUCAGAACUCUUGGGGGGGGGGUUGGCAGGGGGGAUUCUUCACCCUCACCUUCCCCUUUGUAAUUCAGCCUGGCUAGGUCAAUUUCUACAUCAGCGGCUGCUUCAUACCAGGGUUGUAAUCUAUGGGGGGCUCUUCUGUUCACACAAUGCUGGUAAAUCUCUUUGUUUAACCCAUCAGCAAAAUGGUCUAGCAAUGCUUCUUCAGACCACCCCCUCAUGUAAUAUGAGAGCUCCUGAAAUUCUUGUACAUACUCAGCUACUGGCCAUUUCUCCUGCUUAAGAGUUGUAAAUUUAAUCCUGGCUCUUCUGUCUGUGAGGGGAUCAUCAAAAUGUUUCCUCAAAAUGGCCAUAAACCCAUUAAAGUCUCUCAAAAGUGACGAGUCGGCAUUGUGCAAUCCCACCAUCCAAUCUGCUGCUUUUUUCUCCAAAGCCAUCAAUAUAAUUCUUACUUUAGCUUCAUCAGAACCCAGUUCAUGGCCAUACAUCUGCAUAUAAUUCCACACUUGAAUAAGAAAUAGGCCAAGCUCUUGGUUCUCCCCCGUAUUUUACACUUAAAGGAUGAACUUUAGCCAUCUGGCGUCUGCGAGGGCCCCCCCUCUUGGAAUGUCUCGAGCCACGGUGAUUGGGGUCGGCACUUGGUCAUCUUGUACAACUCCCCCUUUGGCCCCCCCAGCCUCUCUCAAAUCAGGCAAGGUAUACCUUCUCUCUGUCUCUGCCUCAAUUCCUCUCUCCAUUCCACUCCCCCGAGUCCGGCAUCUCUCCCACGCCCCUUUGAGAAGUUUCAUGGCUUGGGACAUCAUAAGAUUUUCCUCCUUAGGAUCUCGUCAAUCAGAUGUUGGUUUUCUGGGUCUCCUCACAGUAAUCUAGUCAACAGUUCUUCAGGGUCCUCUUUCUGUUCCACUCCCCAAAUCCAUUUGGGUCGAAGAGAUUGUUAUCUCUACCUGCAGGUCAGCCAACAGCUCCGUCACCGAAGGGCCUGCGGCCGCUCCCAUAUCUUCCUCUUGAUCACUGCCCUGGUGGGACAUUUUUAAGCAUUGGAUGCACCCCUCCUUGGAAGGUGUCAGCUCCGGGAUGGGAGCAAGGUGAGAUCCAGCUUAAUCUCAUGGCCCAUUCACUUAAUAGCCAAGAAAGAAACCACUCGACUCCAUUUUGCAGAAUUAAGUGUACUUUUACUGGUUAUAAAUGAUGAGAA